AUGAGCACAUAUUACAGCGGCGGUGCUGGCAACACCGGUAGCGGCAAUGGCUCAAAUGGCGCGGCGGUCGGCCCCACAUCGGGAGCCGGGGAUCUAUCCGCACCGGCCCAAGCUCCGAAAAGAAGAGAGUACGGCUCCAUGAUGAACAGAUACAUCCACGACACUACCACCCAAGUAUCGGAUCGGGUUUCGGGGCAUCAGGACCCGAUCAGCAACGACCGUCAUAGGCUGGAGGUGUUGCAGAGAGUGGAAAGACGGAGAUGUGAGGCUGAGAGGUUGGCGAGGAUUGCGAGAGGGAAUUGA